CCGGAGAUCCCGGGCUUUCCUGAGUCCUGCUCGCAGUGGGCGCUGGAGAUCAGUGACAAAUCGUGCUUUACAUCGCUCCUCUCUGCUAUAUUGUGUCGUUGCCGCCUUCAUGAGCAACCCAAGAUGUCAGGGAAACAUUAUAAAGGGCCUGAAGUCAGCUGCUGCAUCAAGUACUUCAUCUUCGGCUUCAACAUUAUAUUCUGGAUGGAAUUGGAACACUUUCGGGGAAAAUACAGUACACUGCCUUGUCCGCAAACAUUUACUGAUGCGACGUUUACUGUCUAUCCAAUUCUACAACUCAUUAAAGUUUUUGGGAGUGGCCUUUCUCGGAGUCGGACUGUGGGCGUGGAAUGAGAAGGGAGUGUUGUCGAAUAUUUCCUCCAUCACAGACUUGGGUGGCUUCGAUCCAGUCUGGCUGUUCCUUGUUGUCGGAGGUGUGAUGUUCAUUCUGGGAUUUGCAGGAUGUAUUGGUGCUCUGCGGGAGAACACCUUCCUUCUCAAGUUUUUCUCUGUGUUCCUCGGCGUAAUUUUUUUCCUGGAGCUCACUGCGGGGGUGCUGGCUUUUGUCUUCAAGGACUGGAUCAGAGAUCAGCUCAACUUUUUUAUUAACAAGAACAUUAGAGCCUAUCGAGAUGACAUUGAUCUGCAGAACCUCAUUGACUUCACACAGGAAUAUUGGGAAUGCUGUGGUGCUCACAGCGCCGACGACUGGAAUCUAAACAUUUAUUUCAACUGCACAGACAGCAACACAAGUCGGGAACGUUGCGGUGUGCCCUUCUCCUGUUGUACCAAGGACCCCACGGAAGAUGUCAUUAACACCCAGUGUGGGUAUGAUGUGAGAUCGAAAGAGGUCCUUGAGCAACAGAAUUAUAUCUACACUAAAGGCUGCGUAGGGCAGUUUGAGAAGUGGCUGCAGGAGAACUUGACAGUAGUUGCUGGAAUAUUUAUUGGAAUUGCAUUAUUGCAGAUUUUUGGCAUCUGCCUGUCUCAGAACUUGGUCAGUGACAUCGAAGCGGUUAAGGCCAGCUGGUGACUCUGUUUUAGACUGUACUGCGGCAGGAAACACAGCCGCCCUUGGACUGUCAGCAGUGUGCUGAACCAGAAGGUUUUCCAGAACGAGGGUCGGGGGAGCGGGAGGGAGUGACGCACCUGAACAUUCCAGAAAUCGGUGUUUCUCUCCCACCCUUACGCUGCCUGACCAGCCUUCACAAAAUGUGAUUGUAGUGGAGAAUAUGGCGUCUGUACCUGCUCACAAACUGCCACAAGGAGACUCACAAUGAGAUGGCGCACUACCAGCCUGUCUCUCUUUCUGCAGUGUUGUGUGUGGACACUGCUGUUGAGUGUUGUUUCAGCUGAGGAGGGUCCAAGAUUCUCACAUGUAGAUUUAAUCCCUCCCUGCAUUGGAUCAACCACAGGAAACACCAUUCUUCCCUCACCUUGUGAAUAUUCCCUCAUAAUAUAAAAAUAUGGAUUUGAUUCGAUGAUCUGUAAUGCAGGAGGCCAUUGUGUCAGGAGCUGUCUGUUGUAAUCCCUAUGUCUACAACAUCUUACUUCAGUGAACCCUCAGUCCUUAAUAUUCAAAACUUCUUGGAAUUUGAGUCUAAACGGCUGUUUUCUGGGAAGCAAACUGAACUAAAAGGCUUUGACAAAGAAGUCGAUGGCUGAAUUUUGCCCAUCUCUGCAAUUGUGGCAGUGAUUUGAACUUGAAUCUCGGCUGUGUUGCCUGCAGCCUAAUGGUAUGGACAUUGAAUUUUCCGAUUUCAUUUAACUUACAGACUUGUGUUCCUUUCCCAUUCCCAAAAGUCCACCCACAGUCUAUCUCAUUUCUACCCACUUCAUUAUGGAGAUCCACCAACCACUCCCAUCCGGAUUUCCCUGCCCAUCACCCACUUAUCAAUCAAGCUGGGUUUGACAUCGAAUGUAGAAUAGUUCAGCACAUUACAUUCCCUUCAGCGCGUGACGUUGUGCUGACCUUUUAACUUGGAUCACUAUAACACUUCCCUCCUGCAUACCUCUCCAUCUUUCUUUCAUCCAUGUGCCUAUCUAUGAAUCUCUUAAUUGUCUCUAAUGCAUCUGCCUCUUCCACCACUCCUGGGAGCACGUUCCACACAUCCAUCACUAAAUAUGGAAAAAAAAAUACUACCUCUGACAUCCUCCCUUAACUUGCCUCCAAGUCGCCCUAAAGUUAUGCCCUCUCAUAUUAACCAUUUCUGGCCAGGGGAAAAAGGGUCUGGCUUCCACUCUGUCAAUGCUUUUUAUCAUUUUAUACGCCUCUAUCACCCCACCUCUCAUCCCCUUUCUCUCCAAAGGAAAAAGCUUAAGCCUGCUGAUAAGAAUGUGCUCUAAUCCAGGCAGCAUCCUGGUAAAUCUUGUCUGCAUUCUCUCUGAAGCUUCAAUAUCCUUCCUACAAUACAGUGACCAGAACUGUGAACACAAUGCUCAAGUUGUGUUCUAACCAGAGUUUCAUAAAGCUGCAACAUUACCUCAUGGCUCUUGAACUCAGUCCCCUAACUAAUGAAGACCAACACGCCAUAUGCCCUUUUAACCACCAUAUCAACUCGAGUGAGUGUCAGCUUUGGAGUUCAAUGGACGUGCAUCCAUAGAUCCCUCUGUUCCUCCACACUGCUAAGAAUCCUGCCAUUAACCCUGUAAUAGAAUCACAAACGUGAGAAAAUCUGCAGAUGCUGGAAAUACAAAGCAACACACACAGAAUGCGGGAAGAACUCAGCAGGCUGGGCAGCAUCUAUGGAAAAGAGUAAACAGUUGGCAUCUCGACCCGAAACAUCGACUGUUUACCCUUUUCUAUAGAUUCUGCCUGGCCUGCUGAGUUCCUCCAGCAUUGUGUGUGUGUGUUGCAUUAACCCCUGUAAGUUCGACUUUCCGAAGUGCAUCACUUCAUGCUUUUUUUUGGAUGGAACUUCAUUUGCCACAUCUCAGCCCAUCACUACACGAUCCACUACAUCACCAGCCUUCAUAUUAUUUGAUGGACUAUCCACUUCCUCAUCUAAGUCAUGCAGAAAUCUUUCCGAUCUCCCCCACCCCCCGCCCAGUUUCAUCCAUCCAUCUGACCUCCCUUAUCUCAUUCACCUGUCACCUACCAGCCUCCGUCUAUACAGGACAUCUUCCCUCUACACUUUCAGCCCUGAUGCAGGAUCUUGGUCCAAAAGUUUGGCCAACCGUUUGCCUCCGUAUAUGAUACUCAACCCAUUGAGUUCCUCCAGCAGUUUUUCUUUUAUUGUUCUUGAAGCACAAAAUGAGUUCCAACAGAAACACAAAGAUGUAUAAUUAUAAAUAUUAUGACGGUAAAGCUCUGAAGUACAGGCAGAAUUUGUACAUUACGUUUCGUGUCAAAUUGAUCUUUAGUUUCUUGGCUGUUUUGUUCCUUCAGGCAUUCCCGGUAUGACAAUGGUCUCUCUUGUAUAUAAUCUGAACUGGUAGCAAGGACUCAUUGUAAAAGGAAUGAGUUCUCCCCGUGGUAAAUAUUCAGUAUUAUUGUGUCUAAGACAGUUUUCUUCUAGCACCUUGUUAAUUCUGCUUGCACCCAGCUUCAGUACAUUUGAUGCCUAAUCAGCAUGCUUAAUCUGCAGCUUGAGCAACGUUGCAUGGAAAUUGGUGGGAAGAUGAUGCUGGGAUUGUCUUGCUCCUGCACAGGAGUUACAGCUCAGAUCAUUGUAAUCUGUGAACACUAGUGAGAUUCACAGCGGGAGAAGGUGCUGUUUCAUCGAGACAUCGUAUCGUUUGUGGAUGUUGGUAAUCAACUUUGAAAUAAUAAAAAAAUUCCUUUUGGUAUAUUGACGGAUAUCAGUGCAAGGUUUUUUAAAAAAAAGAUAAACAAAUGAUCAUUAAGAUCUGUCACUGUCACAGUGAAGUAAUUGAAAUGUAAUCAAAUGAUGGUGGGUGUCUGGACUGCACUGCCAGGAGUGCUGGAGGGGGCAGAAUACAGUGGACGCUUUCAAGAGGAUCUCAGGCAGAUGAAUGUGCAGAGAAUAGAGGGGAUAGGACAUUGUGCAGGAAUAAGGGAUUAAAUGUCAUUAGUUUAAUUAAUUUGGCAUAAUUGUACAAAAGAAAACAGAUGACAUCAUGUAGUGUCCAACACGUAAUCUGGUGACGGCCUCUGCAGAAAGGUAUUACAAGGAUGGGGAAUUCUAGUUAUGAAGUGAGUCUGAUUGGGCUGCGAUGAUUUUCUUUGGAAUACAGAGAUGGGGGGGGGACGUCUAAUUGGAGUUGAAAGAGCGGAAUAGAAAGGAAGAACCUGUUAUUCUAUGAAGAGAUGCAGUGUUGCCUUUAUUAUAAAACUGUAGUUUACAACCUGAUUAUCCUCAACAUAAUCUGUAUAGAAGUUCUAUAUUACACUGUCUCUCUAAAACCUACUUUUUGGUGAGGCUGAAUUUGGAGUAUUGUGUGUAGUUCUGGUCACCUACCUACAUGAAAAACAUCAAUAACUUUAAGAGUGCACAGAAAAUUUACAAGUAUGUUCCCAGGUCCUGAGUUAUAGGGAAAGGUUGAGUAGGCUAGGACCGUAUUCCCUAGAGUGUAGGAGAAUGAGGGGAGAUUUCAUAGAGAUAUACAAAAUUAUGAGGUGGGAGGGGUAUAGAUAGGCUUUUUCUACUGAGGUUGGGUAAGACUAGAACUUGAUGUCAUGGUUUAAGUGUGAAAGAUGAAAUGUUUAAGGGGAACGUGAGGGGGAACUUCACUCAAGAUGGUGAGGGUGUGGAAAAAGCUGCCUACGGAACUGCUAGUCGCAGGUUCAAUUUCAAUAUUUAAGAGAAAUUUGGAUAGGUGCAUGGAUGGGAGGAGAAAUGAGGGCUAUACUCUGGCUACAGGUCGAUCGGGCUAGGCAGAUUAAUAGCUUGGCACAGACUAGAUGGGCUGAAGGGCCAUUUCUGUGCUGCAGUGUUCUAUGACUCUUUGAUCAAGCUUUCAGAUGCCAGACAAUAAAUCCCACUGGAAUUAAAGUUUACCCUGGUUUGGUGUUCUACAAAUGAACUGAAGAGCAUCAGUGAUAAACUUGUCUUCUGAAAUUCUGUUUGACUUUCCUUUGGAACUAAACACAGUUUAAUGCUUCCAAAGGAUAAGUUUCUAUGGGAAUCAGAAUCCACAUGCACAACUUAAUGUGUGUAGCCAGAGGAGAUACUAAUCAAAGAUGAGAGUGCCAUUUAAAAAAAUACUCGUUUGAAUGCUGCAAAGCGUAAGAUUUAUCUAGAGUAUAGUAGUUUGUAAAAGCUUAAUUUCAUGAUAUUAUAAUGAAUCUCUAUUUAUUCUAGUGAAGACACUGUAAACUGUGAUCUGUACAGGAAUGCUGAGCCGGUAAUGGAUAACUGGGAUUCUCACAUUCAAUUCCAUAUUUAUAGAAAUCCUGAAGUUGCUGUCAGUAUCUUAUGGGAUUGAUUUUCAAUAUAUUUUUGCCCUAACUGAGGAGCCAGUUAUGGGACUGAGCAUUUAUCUUUU